GCGGCCUUCCCCUAUGCAACCUGCUAGCAGUGUAACUGACCGGUUCAAUCAGAGUACUCCAGAGAGCUUCCACGCCGAGGAAAAGCACAGUGAUUGUCGCAGCUCUCCAUCUAGUCGCGAAACAGAUGUUUCCUCUAGCUCAUCUGUCUCGAUCUCGCCUCAGGCAGUCUCCGCCCCGAAUCGCCGAUUCCUCCCGGACGAACUAUACCCAGAUCACUUCACUUUGAGCGACAUCGAGGUUCCAGUAGGCGACCUGGUCUUUCUCGCAUGCCCAGGCUCGGAAAAAAAGUGCCCCCAUUGUAACCGCCAUAUCUAUCAUCUUGGCUGUAUCGUGAUUGCAAUUGACGGUGCGUGUCGCGAUAAUGGUAAAGACGGAGCCCGGGCGUCAACUGGGGGUUAUUACGGCCAUGACCAUCCAUUUAAUGACAGUGUCACUCUUUCGCCAGAACUCAAACAGACAAGCCAGGUUGCCGAGCUCGCAGCCUGUCAGAGAGCUCUGCAUGCUGCGCACGUCAUGCAAGAGUAUUGGGACAAAUUUAGCGAAAUCUCAGGAAAUGAAGAAGGAAGUCUUCACACCGUGGUGAUCAAGUCAGACUCGGAGUAUUUGGUACGCGGAAUGACCGAAUGGAUCUUGAAAUGGAAGACCAAUGGUUGGACUACUGCAAAGGGCUUGCCUGUUGCCAAUCAAGAGCAGUUUCGUUUAAUUGAGAAGUAUGUGAAGGUUCUCGAGGAUGAGCAGGUCAUUGUCCAGUUCUGGCAUGUUCCGAGAGAAUACAACCAGGAGGCGGAUAAGCUGGCAACAUCUGCUCUCGAUGGUUGUUGAAUGAUUACACUCGUAUUUGAAAGGGCUUCAAUUAUUAUAAUGUAUGGGUUGAUUCUGUGUGCUUACUAGUUAUUCUCGCAGCUUGUGCUGUCGUGGCAGCUGACCAAAUUGUCUUUCAAUUGCCUUAUCGAACACUAUGCAGAAAGCGUAACCAAGCUGUGUCAAG